ACUCUCCCUUGGGGCGGGACUCGUAUCAGACCUGCUAGGCAAAACGGGGUAAGGGUAUUGGCAGCCGAAGCCAGGCAGAAGAGCAUCAUGAGCGGACAAGUCGGGGACCUGAGCCCACAGCAACAGGAGGCCCUGGCCAGGUUCCGGGAGGCCCUCCAGGAUGUGCUGCCAGCUCUGCCCAAGGCUGAUGACUACUUCCUUCUGCGCUGGCUCCGAGCUCGGAACUUUGACCUUAAGAAGUCGGAGGACAUGCUCCGGAAGCAUGUGGAGUUCCGGAAUCAGCAGGACCUGAACCACAUCCUUACGUGGCAGCCACCAGAGGUGAUCCAGCUCUAUGACUCGGGUGGUCUGUGUGGCUAUGACUAUGAAGGCUGCCCUGUGUGGUUUGACAUCAUUGGGACAAUGGAUCCCAAGGGGCUCCUGAUGUCUGCCUCUAAGCAGGACAUGAUCCGCAAGCGUAUCAGAGUCUGUGAGCUGCUUCAGCAUGAGUGUGAGCUGCAGAGUCAAAAGUUGGGCAGGAAGAUCGAGAGGAUGGUGAUGGUGUUCGAUGUGGAAGGGUUGAGCCUGAGGCACCUGUGGAAGCCAGCGGUGGAAGUCUACCAGCAGUUUUUCGCCAUCUUGGAGGCAAAUUAUCCUGAGACAGUGAAAAAUUUAGUUAUUAUUCGAGCUCCCAAGCUUUUCCCAGUGGCCUUCAACCUGGUCAAGUCAUUCAUGGGUGAGGAGACACAAAAGAAGAUAGUGAUUCUGGGAGAUAACUGGAAACAGGAGCUCCUCAAGUUCAUGAGCCCUGACCAGCUGCCUGUGGAAUUUGGGGGAACCAUGACUGAUCCUGAUGGUAACCCCAAGUGCCUGACUAAGAUCAACUAUGGUGGCGAUGUGCCCAAGCACUACUACCUGUGCCGGCAGGAGAAGCCGCACUAUGAGCACACAGUGGUGGUGGGCCGAGGCUCCUCCCACCAGGUGGAGAAUGAGAUCCUGUUCCCAGGCUGUGUGCUCAGGUGGCAGUUCUCUUCCGAGGGCGGCGACAUCGGCUUUGGGAUCUUUCUGAAGACCAGGAUGGGGGAGAGGCAGAAGGCCGGGGAGAUGGCAGAGGUGCUGCCCAACCAGCGCUACAACGCCCACAUGGUGCCUGAGGACGGGAGCCUUACCUGUGUCAAGGCUGGAGUCUAUGUCCUGCGCUUUGACAACACCUACAGUCUCCUGCACGCCAAGAAAGUCGGCUACACUGCAGAGGUGCUGCUCCCAGACAAGGCCUGCGAGGAGAAGCUACAGGGCCUCAGGGCAACAAGCCCUCCUCGGGACCAGGAGGACACUGGCCGCCUCUGACCCUGCUCCACCCAACUCCUUCAUGCACCCCUGCCCCCCCCCCCCCCCCCC